AUGCCACCUUCCGCGACGGUAGCGAGCCUGGAGGCCGUGAAGAUGAAUUGCUUCUAUUACCUGCGCAUGCAGAAGAGCCUGAUCAGGAGCUUAUUUGGUAAAGUGUUACCAAAUGCGUUUCUGAUUCAGCUUCCCGGCACGAUCAUCAACCCUGACCUCAACCUUUCUGACGUCUGGGCGCGCCUCGAACUCGAGUAUGCGCAGUCGUCGCUCGAUGUGAGCACUACCUUGUACCAAUAG